AUGUUAUUACCAUUAACAAAGCUAAAACCGAGAGCAAAAGUUGCUGUUGUAGGGGGUGGCGUUUCUGGACUAUGUUUUACUUAUUUUUUAAGCAAGUUGAGACCGGAUGUUGAAAUCACACUGUUCGAAUCGCAGAACAGAACUGGGGGUUGGAUAUAUUCUUGUAACACAAGAGAUAUGAGUGGGAACCCAAUUAUGUUGGAGAAGGGACCCAGAACAUUGAGGGGCGUAUCAGACGGGACCGUUCUGAUUAUGGAUACCCUUAAAGACUUGGGCAAGGAAGCAGUUAUUCAAAGCAUUGAUAAAGGUUGCAUUGCAGACAAAAAGUUUCUACUAGACCCCAGUGAUAAACUCGUGCAGGUUCCUAAUUCGAUAUCUACAACAGUAAAAUUUCUGCUGAAUCCGUUGGGAAAAGGACUCAUCACGGGUAUGAUGGGAGAAUGGUUCAGAAAAAAAUCUCCACAUCCUGGCCAAGACGAAAGUGUCGAAUCCAUUUGUGACAGAAGGUUUGGGAAUAACUACAUAUCAAACAAUAUGAUCAGUGCCUUACUAAGAGGUAUCUAUGGGGAUGACGUUUCCCUAUUAAGUGCCAAGAGAACGUUUAAGAAAAUAUACUACAAUGAACUAAAGCACGGAUCUAACACACAAGCUAUGAUUGAUAAUAUGCGCGGAAAGUCAAGAAGUAAAAAAACUGAGAACCUGCACCAAUCUUUAACUGGCUGCCUUAACGACUACUCAAAUGCGUUUGGAAAAGACAGGUCAAAGUUAUUAGACUUAUCCAACACGCUAAAGAAAUAUCCCAUGUUGGGUCUUGCUGGGGGACUAGAAACGUUUCCCAAGAUAGUCAGAAAUGCUUUGAACGAAUUUAAAAACGUCAAAAUAGUUACUGGGAACCCGGUUACGCAAAUAAUGAAACGCCCUGCUAACGAAACGACAAUCGGAUUGAAAGCGAAAUCUGGCGACCAAUACGAAACAUUUGACCAUUUAAGACUUACGAUAACACCUCCCAAAAUCGCUAAAUUGCUACCGAAGGAUCAAAAUUCAUUAUCCAAGUUAUUAGAUGAGAUACAAUCAAACACAAUAAUUUUAGUUAAUUAUUAUUUGCCAAACAAAGAUGUAAUAGAUGCCGAUCUACAAGGCUUUGGAUACUUGGUUCCCAAAUCCAAUAAGAAUCCAGGGAAAUUGCUUGGUGUAAUUUUCGAUUCUGUUAUCGAAAGGAAUUUCAAACCACUUUUUGACAAACUCUCCACAAACCCAAACGCCCUCAACAAAUAUACAAAAGUGACUGCGAUGAUAGGAGGUUGUAUGCUCAAUGAACACGGUGUUCCUGUAGUGCCAUCCAGGGAGGUAACCAUUAAUGCAGUCAAAGAUGCGCUGAACAACCACCUCGGCAUCAGUAACAAGGAUCUGGAAGCUGGUCAGUGGGAAUUCACUAUCGCCGAUAGAUGUCUGCCAAGAUUUCAUGUAGGUUAUGACGCAUGGCAAGAAAGAGCUGAAAGGAAGUUGCAAGAAUCUUACGGCCAAACAGUUUCUGUGGGGGGAAUGGGAUUUUCUAGAAGUCCCGGUGUCCCUGACGUUAUUGUAGACGGCUUUAACGACGCCUUACAGCUAAGCAAAUAA